CCAAGGUUUUCUCUCAGUCGUUUUUGAGGAGCGCGAGAUCAAGACGAAUUCCCACACGCAUGCGUUGCUGGAGAUAAAGCCGUUAAAGAUUUUGUUUUAGUAUCGCUCCCUAAAAUGUCUUUAUUUCAGUCGGAAAUGGAAGUCGGACUUCAAGCACGCUAGAGGUUCCAAAACAGAUGCAUCUCUGUUGUUUCAACAUGAAAAUACACCUCAACAGUUAAAGUUUACCUGCCGUUACAGAGGGAGGUAGAGUAACGUCGUUUUCCCCCUGAGUCAUUUCACCUCUACAGUCUUGCCACACACGGACUCCACAGUAGCCUGUAUAACAUCUGUGUCAGAGGUGAUCCCACAAAAUGAAGAGACGACAGAAGCGUGUCUUGCAAAUGGCUUUCCUUUUUAUGGUGGCACUUAUAUUUUUGCCAAACGUUGGCUUGUGGUCACUGUACAAGGAGAAACACCUGAUGAAGUCACACGAAGCAGGAGAGCAGGGCUUCUCCCUGGGCAUGAGUGAUGGACACAUCUACACGUGGACGGACGGCUUGAGGAGGAUGGACUGGCAUGACAACGAGAGCAUCAGGAGGGACGAGCUUCGCGUUGGGAAAGGUGAGCAUGGGAAGCCCUACCCUCUGACUGAGGAUGAGUGUGAUGACUCUGUGUACAAGGAGAACGGCUUCAACAUCUACGUUAGCAACAACAUUGCCCUGGACCGCUCUCUUCCAGACAUCCGUCAUCCCAACUGCAGACAGAAGCUCUAUCUGGAGAACCUGCCCAACACCAGCAUCAUAAUCCCCUUUCACAACGAGGGCUGGUCGUCUCUGCUGCGCACCAUCCACAGCGUGGUCAACCGCACCCCAGACCACCUCAUCGCCGAGAUCAUCCUGGUGGACGACUUCAGCGACAGGGAGCACCUGAAGGAACGUCUGGAGAAGUACAUGGCCCGUUUCCCUAAGGUGCGCAUUGUGCGGACCAAGAAGCGCGAGGGCCUGAUCCGCACCCGUCUGCUGGGCGCCUCGGUGGCCAAAGGAGAGGUGCUCACCUUCCUCGACUCCCACUGUGAGGCCAACGUCAACUGGCUGCCUCCGCUGCUCGGGAGGCUGGCAAUGGGCGUUCAUGAAUCCUUGGUUUUAAAUCUCUGUUGGCAAGUUGAACCACGGUACCAUAACACAAACCUUCUCGCACUCUCUGUCUCUGUUUGCCCCUGGCUCAGGUCUCCUGUGAUGGCUGGCGGCCUGUUUGCGGUGAACAGGCAGUGGUUCUGGGAGCUGGGCGGUUAUGAUACUGGCCUGGAGAUUUGGGGUGGAGAGCAAUAUGAGAUCUCUUUUAAGGUGUGGAUGUGUGGCGGCAGCAUGUACGAUGUGCCCUGCUCCAGAGUGGGGCACAUCUACAGGAAGUACGUGCCCUACAAAGUGCCCUCUGGGACCAGCCUGGCAAGAAAUUUGAAGCGAGUGGCAGAGACGUGGAUGGAUGAGUAUACCGAGUUCAUCUACCAGCGGAGGCCGGAGUACCGGCACCUCUCCACCGGGGACCUGACCGCACAGAAAGAGCUGCGCAAGCACCUCAAGUGUAAAGACUUCAAGUGGUACAUGAAAAACGUGGCCUGGGACCUGCCCAAGUACUACCCUCCUGUGGAGCCACUACCCGCUGCCUGGGGAGAGAUACGCAAUGUGGCGUCAGGGUUGUGUAUCGACUCCAAGCAUGGCUCAACAGGCACAGAACUGCGCCUGGACGCCUGUCUGAAAGAGGGGGCUGAGCGCACGUGGGCACAUGAACAGAUUUUUACUUUUGGUUGGCGGGAAGACAUCCGGCCCGGUGACCCCCUCCACACCAGGAAGUUCUGCUUCGAUGCCAUCUCCCAGAGCAGCCCCGUCACACUGUACGACUGCCACGGAAUGAAGGGCAAUCAGCACUGGAGCUACCGCAAGGAUAAAUCACUCUUCCACCAGGUAAGCAGCGGCUGUAUGGACAGCAGCCUCAGCGAUAAGAGGAUUUUCAUGAACAAGUGCGACCCACUGUCGGAGACGCAGCAAUGGCUGUUCCAGAGAGUCAAUGCCACCGUUUUGGACAAAUUCAACAGCGCCGCCAGCUCCUAGGCAUGCUGACAGCCUCCAUCCUGCCUCCUUAACACACACACAGCAGCCAAGCAAGCAGCUGUCUCCCAGACCUCACAGGGUCCUCAGCGAUAGAUCUUAGCAGCAGAGCUGAACAGUUAACUAACUGUGUGGAUCAUGUCUGCAUACAUGCACAUGUGUGUGUGUGUCUGUGUGUGCGUGUGUGCGUGUGUGUGUGUGUGUUUGAUCUGUCUGAGGCCCUUACGCUCUGGGAGUUAGACCAAAGUGGAUCAAAAGUACUACACCCAGAGUCCAAAGCCGUGGAGACUGCAGUGGCUUUGUGAGAUGUGUGGCUGAUGAGUCCCAUGUAGGACCAUAACGAGCCCUUGCUGGUCAAGGAAAAUGCGGAGUGCCGACAUCUCUCUCUAACUCUCUCUCUUACACACACUCUUUCUUAGUUAUGAGAUCACAUACUGAUCUGACUCUCUGAAUACAUGAUAAAUAAGGAGGAAUUUGAAUUUGAUUUCUGCCCCAGUCACCUCAAGACUGUUGCUCCAUACUCUGAAGACGCAUAGUGAAGCUGGAUUUGGUGAGAGGUUCUGAAAGAAAGACAUUGUUUUGUAUCACUAUUUAUUUUACAUGGUUGUUUUGAUGUAUAUUUAUUUUGUAUUUAUUCUGUGUCAUUUGUUUUAUCAAUGUAAGUUAUUGUUAUGUACAUACUUAAGUUUCUUUUUUCUGGUUCCUGUGAUAGUAAGAUUCAAACUGCUGAUAAAGUGAUUUUUUGGCUCAUUGCUCCGGAAUCAGUUUUUGUUCAGGCUUCAUUUCCAACAAAGCAAAAUAAAAGUCUGCAUGAGU